UUCCAUCGUUGUUGCGAGAGUCGAGAGUCGAGAGUCUCAUUCCCUGCCCCAGUUCUCAUUUCGAGAGUAUCUACUACUACUAGUAGUAAUUCAAGGCGAUUUCUUCCGCUGCCCAUACAGAUCUGUCCUUCGUUACUUCUGAGUCGACGCAAAAGUCUCAUUUCCUGCACAGAUCUCAUUUCGAGGGUUUCUAAUUCAAGGCGGAUUUUCCGCUGCUCAUACAGACCUGUCAGUCGUUGCGGAACCACCACUUUGCCGGACUCUACUGCUUCCUCUUGUGUAGUUCGAAACCAUGGCUGCAGAAGCAGCGAACGCCGGCGCUGAAGUCAAUGAUGCUACGGGUGGCAGUAACGGCGUGGAGCACAAGGAGGAGUGGGUCACCAACUCGCGCGGAAUGAAGUUAAUGUCCGCGUCGUGGGUGCCGGCCAACCGACCGCUGAAAGCGCUCAUCCUCCUCCUCCACGGAUAUGGCUUCGACUGCACCACCUACUUCCAAGCCACAGCAGAGCGCCUGGCGUCGGAGGGUUAUGCGUCCGAGGGUCUCAGCGUGUUCAUCCCUGAUUUCAACACACUCGUGGAUGACAGCCUGGCGUACUUUGCUCCUAUCAGGGAGCGACCAGAGCACCAGAGCAUACCCAAGUUCCUGUGUGGGGAGUCCAUGGGUGGCGCAGUGGCUCUGUGCAUCCAUCGCAAGCAGCCUGACCAAUGGGAUGGCGCCAUUUUCAUGGCUCCCAUGUGCAAGAUUUCAGCCAAGGUGCGGCCUCCAGCCAUCCUAGUGCAGCUGGUGCAGGGCCUGGCGUAUGUGCUGCCCACAUGGCAGAUAGUUCCGUCUGCUGAUAUUGUCACCUCCUCCAUUCGCGACCCAGAGAAGCUUAAGAAGAUAGCAGCAAGCCCUACACCUACCGUGCUCGACCACGCAUGCGAACAGCUCUCACCAUGCUGCAUGCCAGCCAAGACGCAGAGCGCACCCUGGACCAGGUCUCCCUGCCCUUCCUUCUGCUGCAUGGGAUGCUGACAUCGUCACCGAGCUGGAGGGCAGUCAGGCUUUGUAUGACAAGGCGAGGAGUGAGGACAAGACAUUUAAAGUUUACAAGGACGCGUGGCACUUGCUGACGGAGGAGAGCCGGAGGAGACUGCUGAGGAGGUGCUGAGGGAUAUGAUUGGCUGCUGGACGAGAGGAGUCAACGCAAGUCAACAAGUGAACAAGCCAAAGCGUAGAGGGCAGGUAGGUUCAGUGCAUGAUGUGUCGCGGACUCCCUCCCUGCCCUUCCUGCUGCUGCAUGGGGAUGCUGACAUCGUCACUGAGGAAUUCAAGAGGAGGAGUCAGGCUUUGUACGACAAGGCGAGGAGUGAGGACAAGGCGUUGGUUGUACAAGGAUGUGUGGCACUUCCUCACCGAGGAGAGCCGGAGGAGACUGCUGAGGUUGUGUUGAAGGAUAUGAUUCGCUGGCUGGACGAGAGGAGUCAACGCAAGUUAAGUGAGUCAACAAGCCAAGGCGUUGAGGCAGAGGAGGAGCUGUUCAAGUGAAAGAAUAACUAGAACAAGGCAUACAAGGGAAUAUAACCUAAUGGGUUUUACUCCCUAAGGCACAACCCUAUAUAAUCUAAAAAAACAUACAAUAUAUGUUGACGAGCCUGUUAAGGAGGUGCUGAGGAGGGGUAUGACUGGCUGGCUGAAAAAAGAAGUCAACGCAAGUCAAUGAACAGGGUGUGCCUCUGCCACAAAGGUGCGGAUUGAUUGUCGGCCACUGUUGUGGAGUUUGUUUGCAAACAAACAAAAUUGUGCCUUAUUAGUUCCGGAG